ACAUCCGGUCCUUAUUCAAAUUCCAUACAGUAGCCAAUCAGAGUUCAGAGCGACGCCAUAUACAUCUGUACAACAGCAACUCAAGCUCAAGCGGAGAAUCGGUGAACUAUUUUUUCAUUUUGAAAUUUUUUCGCAAACGAGCCGGUUGGUUACCGUUGGAUUCCUUCCUCGUCGACCUAUGGUUGUAUAUUCACGUGCUGUUCGUAGGGCUGUUAACGCCAUAUCGCAGUCAGUGAAUUAGAGAAAUGAAGUGAUUUACUGCUGUUUGAAGUCUGAAGCGUGCAUUUUGGCUUCGAGAAGAUGAUGGGUGCGUAACAAAUAGUGGAAUUUUUUUAAUGUUCAUGUUCAGUUGCAUAUCCCUUGUUUGGACCAAGCGAGGUGACACCCACUAUGGGUGUAAUUGAUUCUUGUACACAGGCAGCUUUUCAAACUGAAAAUGGUUCUAGUGCUGUUGAACAUGCUGCUACAGCAAGUGCAGCAGAUGCUUAUUCUAGCCUUGUGAAAGAUCUUUUUCACCCGUGUGAGGUGUCACCUCAAAUCCUUGUACUUGGAAUGGUGCAAGAAGCCAUUCUGGGAGAUGAAUCUGUGCCUUCGGUGUGU